AUGGUGAUGCUGCCGCGCUCCUCCUCGUCCGGCAUGCAGAGCAUCCGCCGCGAGCUCCAGCGCAGGAGGCCCAGGCCCCUGGCGCCCAAGAGAUCGGCCGCCAGCAAGCCAUCCCCGCCGCCGCCGCUUGAGGUUUCUCGCUACACGGGCCGGGAGCCACGCCCUCGUGCACCACGCCAGGAGGAUCCGUCGUCCACCGCCUCAAAGCCCCCACCAGGCUCCUCCGCCGGCACCCACGCGCCGCGCCCGCCGCGGCCUCGUCCCCCCCACCCUUCGCCGCGCCCCACCGUCAUCUCCCCCUCCACGCCGCCGCCGCCGCCGCCCCGCUCCACCCCAUCCUCGAUCCAGUCCGCGAGCCCGUCCACCCUCGGGACCGACGAGCACAUGAGGCCCGUCCAUGGAGGCUACGAGGUCAUCUACGACGGCAACUGGCCGCCCGGUGACCCCUACGGCACCGUCCACGUCCCGCGCCAACACGUCAGGAUGAUCAAACCCUCGCCGUCGCCGACAACUCCGCCGCCAUCCCUGCCUCCGUACAGCGCCCCCAGCUCGUCCGCCACCGCAGCUGCCGCGCGGAUGAAGGAGAUGCGGCCAGCGCCGAGGCCGACUACCGGGGGGAAAAGCCUGCGCCUCAUCCGCAGCCUCUUGCCGGAGAUGGAGAACCAGACUUCUCAGCUCUUUGGCUCUUGCCGGGAGAAAGAGCUGGUCACUGCCUGGACCCCACGAGCAGCCUCUACGCCGGCUGCUCAGACGGCCGCGUCCCUCAACACCCCGCCGGGCACGAACGCCGUGACGGCCACAGCCUCGCACGCGAUCGAGCGACGGCAACGCCAGCGCCGCGGCGCUCGUCGCGGUGUCCCUGGCCAACGGGUGCAGGAAUCUGGUGUCGUGCUCCGAGGACGGCGAGGUGAGGGUGUGGGAGCUAACCCGCGGGCCGGCGAGCUGGCCACGGGCGGCGGCGAGCGGUUCAGGCUCCACGACGGCGUGGCGUGGACGAGGACCCGCGAGCUGGCGGAGACAGGCUGGCUGCUGCGCGCGGAGGAAACGGCGACGUCCGUGGAGCUGAUCGAGACGAACGCCGGCGUCUACAGGAGGUGCCUGCGGCUGCUGCUCCGGGAGGUCACGACCGAGGCCAGCGGCGGCCGCGAUGGCGUCGAGGACGGCAAUGCCAGUGACUGA